AUGGAGUCGACAUCCUCCUCCUCCCCCUCCACCUCGUCGGACAAUAGCGACGGCAUGCGGUCAUGGCUCAUCGGCGUCGUCUCAUCGGUGGCCAUACUAGCCACGCUUCUCGUCGGACUCCGUCUCAUCAGCAGACGACUGGCGCAUCAGAAUCUGUGGUGGGAUGACUGGGUCAUCCUCCUCUCCAUGUGCUGGAACCUCCUCUGCGUCGGCUUCUUCAUCUCAGCCAUGUACUCCCAAGGCCUAGGCUUUCACGUCCUACAGGUCCAGCCCGACCACAUCGUCCGCAUGGCCCAGCUCCUCCUCGCCGCCGAGAUCAUGUACGCCUGGAACCUUUGUUUGACCAAGGUCUCGAUCCUGUUCCUGUUCUCCAGGACCUUUCGGGCCCUGUCGGCUCGUUCCAGAGCCUAUCUCUGGGCCACCGGCUCGCUCGUCGUCAUCUGGGCCAUCACCGCCACCUUCAUCUACGUGUUCAUGUGCGUGCCCGUGCAAAAGAUCUGGGACCCGAGCCUGCCUGGCACCUGCAUGGACCAAACAACCAUUUGGAUCGUGACUAUGAUCCCCACGGUCGUCACGGAUCUUGCGAUCCUGUUGUUCCCCAUACCGCAGAUCUGGGCCUUAACGUUCAGACCGAUCGAGAAGGUUGCUUUGGCCAUCGUUUUUGCACAAGGAUUGUUUGUCGUCUUCACCUCAGCAUAUCGUUUCAGGACUCUCUUCCAAUACACCAUAUCCGACCCAACCUACUCUCUGGCCCCCGUCGUCGCCUGGACAGAGAUCGAGAUCGCCGCUGGCAUGAUAGCCGCCUGUCUGCCGGUACUGAGACCC